GUCAUUUUGGAUUUAAAAACGUUUCUGUGCUGUGGAUGUUGCAUUUGUAUUGUUAAUUUAUAACUUAUAGUAUAAAUAAAUAAAACAAAUUGAUGCAUACGAUAUUUGCAGUUAAUCCAGUUAUGCUUUGACGUGAAAAUAGAAUUGGGUGUUCAAUAAGAUUCCCAAAUUGUUGAGUGCACCUUUAAGAUUAAUCUGGCGGCAAAUUUAGUGAUCUGAAUGACAGCCUGACUCUUCGUUAGAACAACGUUUUCCUUCUCCUAAAAUAUUUCAUAUAUGUUGUAAGGACUUUACGUUGUACGUCAAUCCAACUCUCUCGAAGCGAAGGCAUAACUGGCUAAAGUACCAAAUUGCAGGAUCUUGUAGAAGUUGGCACACUGGUUGGAGCACGCCAGGCAUGAGUGGUCCACACCUGGGCGAGUGGCAGAGGAGGUCCUUUGACAUUUCAUCUGGCACCUGCACACCUGAACAGACGGCAGACUCCUAUCGGGCACAUAUCCUCGCCAUUCAAUAUGCAUGGGCGAGUUCCCAGCUCUCUGAGGCGGGCGCAGACAGCCUGCUCAGGACCUACUCCGAGCGCUAUGCCGCAGUGCUGGACUCUGACGACCCUUGCACAGGUCUCAACAACUAUGCAGAGAGUGCUCUGCACCUGGCUCGCAGUCAGAGGAACCACAGCGACAAAUGGGAAUCGUCCCUUACCAAGGCGAGUGUGCUGGAGCUGCCGUGCGUGCAGAAGAUGAUUCAAUCUGGGACAGACGGUGGAAAGUCCCUUGUGGUGCCAGCAGAUGUUAACAUAUCUGUAGGACAAGACAGUGGAUGCAGCUCCCAGUCUCUACCCUCUACAGAGACUUUGCCCCUACUAUUCAAGUCCACAGGACCCCCAUUGCCCAUGGCUGAGGGAAGCAGCAUUUUUAGCCAUCCACUGGGUGGUGCUGCAGACAGACCAAGGGGCUUUGACAGAAUCUUGAGUAAUGCCAAUGCCUAUGCUUGUCCACCACCACAAGCUCAGUCUCUAUUUGGCCAGAACUCCCCAGUUUCCGUACAAGCAAACCCAGGCCCCACAGCAGGCUCACACAGUCACCAGUCUGCCUUCUUCCCUACCUCUAACUCCUGUAAGAGGAAGAACUUCUACAGCUCAGGUGGGGAUGGGGGCAGGGAAUCUGGGAGGGGGGCAUCUAGCGUCCAGGCAGUGUCAGACUCACGGAGUGGUACUAACUUUAAAACGGCGAGGGAGAAGUUCAUUGUUGACCAGCAGAAAAAACAUUCCCACCAGACCCAGAGAGCUCAGCCGCCAGGUAUGGCAGCUGCCAUGAAGAAAUCCCUGGGAGCCAACAGGCCACGAGGGACCUUCUCUAAGUUUGUGUCCCCUAUGCCAAAGCAGGACGAAGAUGAGGGUGGACCCUGCAACAACGCGGCUCAAGAGAGUCAGGUUACUGAUGAGCGUCUUAAAAACUUUGAGCCCAAGAUCAUUGAGCUUAUUAUGAGUGAAAUCAUGGACCACGGACCACCUGUGGCCUGGGAUGACAUAGCAGGCUUGGAGUUUGCGAAAGCCACCAUUAAGGAGAUAGUAGUGUGGCCUAUGCUGCGACCUGACAUCUUCACUGGGCUCCGUGGCCCCCCCAAAGGCAUUCUCCUGUUUGGGCCACCAGGAACAGGUAAAACACUCAUCGGGAAAUGUAUUGCUUGCCAGUCAGGAGCCACCUUCUUUAGCAUUAGUGCUUCAUCGCUCACUUCAAAGUGGGUGGGCGAAGGGGAAAAAAUGGUAAGAGCACUGUUUACCAUUGCCCGCUGUCAUCAGCCAGCAGUCAUCUUCAUCGAUGAGAUUGACUCCCUGCUGUCUCAGAGGACGGAUGGGGAGCAUGACUCAUCCAGACGUAUAAAAACAGAGUUUUUGGUUCAGCUGGAUGGAGCAGCUACCUCCGCUGAAGACCGUAUCCUGGUGGUGGGGGCCACCAACCGCCCUCAGGAGAUUGACGAGGCUGCCCGUAGACGCCUUUCAAAACGCCUGUACAUCCCCCUCCCAGAGGCUGCUGCACGACGACAGAUAGUGACCAACCUCAUGGCUCAAGAGAAGAGCCAGAUAGGAGAGGAGGGGUUAGAGAGCGUUGUUACAGGAACAGAGGGCUUCUCUGGGGCAGAUAUGACCCAGCUGUGCCGAGAGGCAGCGUUGGGGCCCAUACGGAGCAUCCAGUUAUGUGACAUGGCCACCAUCACAGCUGACCAGGUGCGGCCCAUCCUACACUGUGACUUCCAGGAGGCUCUGAGGACGGUGCGGCCCAGUGUGUCACCCAAAGACCUGGAGCUGUACCAGGACUGGAACAAGACUUUUGGAUGUGGACGUUAAUCAGGGUUGCAACAUGGACUGUUGUAAAUAUUUAGUGGUCCCUCCAACUCCUUACUUAUAUUUAAUUGGACUUAUGUCUUGAAUAUGUAUUCGAGAAUGUAAAAUGAUAAUUUUCAUCAAUAAAAUCUGCA